UUGGGACCUUUUCAAUUUGACGCUGAAUGUAUGCAAGAAGUGGUUAAUAAUUUUGUUGAUACGUAUAACGCCGAAGGUAUCUUGCUAAUAAUUAAUUGAUUUAUCGGUAUUGCAAAGAAAUACGGAUUGAGUUUCGGUUCGAAGUUUACGAUUGAGCAAACUUCUUAGCCAUUCAAAAUCGUUAUUCAAUAUUUGAAGAGUAAAUUAAUAAAUAAAUAGCGGAGACAAGCACAAUGUCAGCAGUCGAAUUGUCUCCUCAAGUUAAAAAAUUUUCGCCAGAUGAUCAUGAAUUUGUUGUUCCAAAAAAGGCUAUUAAAAUACCCGACGACAUGAUAAGUUGGCAAAAAUCUGAGGCCUAUUUCGAAUACCUUGGUUUCUUAUUAGCCCUCAAUGAGUCUGUACAAGGAAAGUCAUCGGACGUAGAAUGUUCGCAAUCACAGACUGUUGUCAAAACUGUUGACAUGUUGAAGAAAUUUGAUGAAUGGAUCGACGCUAUCCCACCCAUAGAUCAGCCUCAGCGUUUUGGCAAUAAAUCUUUUCGUUUGUGGCACGCCAAGUUAUUAGAAGAAGGCCUCCAGCAAUUGCGCAAUGUUAUACCAGCAGAGCUCCAUCGAGCUGCACCCGAAGUAGUCCAGUACUUAUAUGAGAGUUUUGGGAAUGCCACACGCAUAGAUUAUGGCACUGGUCAUGAAAUGGCAUUUAUUAUGUUCUUGUGCUGCAUGUUCAAGAUCACAGCAUAUGAGCCUGAAGAUAAAACUGCUGUUGUGAUAAAAGUUUUUGAUAGGUAUCUUCAGCUAGUCCGUAAGUUGCAAUUAACCUAUCGCAUGGAACCUGCAGGAAGUCAUGGUGUGUGGAGCCUUGACGACUAUCAAUUCGUACCUUUUAUCUGGGGAAGCUCACAAUUAGUUGGUCACCCACGCAUAGAGCCUCAGCAUUUUUUGGACAAGGAUGUGUUAGACCGAUUUAGUAAACAAUUCAUGUUUCUCAGCUGCAUUGAAUUCAUAUCGCAGGUUAAAACAGGACCAUUCGCUGAGCAUUCUAAUCAAUUAUGGAAUGUUAGUGCUGUUUUUUCCUGGUCCAAAGUAAACAGUGGGCUAAUCAAAAUGUAUAAAGCAGAGAUUUUGGCAAAAUUCCCAGUAGUUCAACACGUAUUGUUUGGAUCUCUAUUGCCCAUAACUCCAGCGCCUCCUCAUGUCACCUGUAAACCUCUAAGUCGACCACCUCCACCUCCACCAACGCGCACUUCAUCGUCACAUUAAACGGCGUGAACAAAAUGUAAUUGUGAAUUCUAUUUUUCCCGAUGUAUAAUAAAAGAUAUUAUCUGUGUUACAUAUGAAUAAUAUAUAUAUUGCUGAAA